CGCUUCUGCAGCUAGAGCUCUGAGGACGCACCCCCGAGGAAACACCAGGGAAUGCGUUGCCCGAGGUGCCUGGAGGAGGAGGGGAGGAGGGCUGCGCGGCGCAGGGGCAGCGGGAAGGGGGAGUGGAUACUCCCCGCCCCGCCGCGGGGCCCAGCCUGGCGUCGCGCGGCCGCCGUUUCCAGGCGACGCCGAACGCGGGCGCUGGGUGGCCUGCGGCGGGCAGACUGAGCCCGACCUCGGAGGGCGCGGGGCCGCUGGACCGGGGUGGCAUGGAGGACGACGAAGAGGAGGAGAUCACCGCCGCCACGCUGCGGGGCAAGCCCCGGCCGCCGCCUCUCUCGGCGCUGUCCGNCGGGGACCAAGGCUGGGGAGAAGGCCAGGGGCCGGUACAUGCUAGUGGUGGAGUCGUAGAAGCGGGAGGGUCAAGUGCCUUGGUCAAGGAGGGAUCUGUAGGAAAUGCAGAAAGAGAGCCACGAAGAUGUCCCCGCCUCGCUGGGGCUCUCGGGGACCUGCUCUGGUCGUCGAGGGUCUGCUCUGGGGUGACGUUCCCAAGCGCAUACUCAGUGCAGACAGCAAACUGCACAUCUCCACUGUCCAUCAGGCAGAAGCCUGGCUUCCAAGGUCCACGAGGAUUUCCGUGGCUCAGCCGUCCGGUGAACCCAUGCCUGUCUUUCUCUUUUCAUUCCCAGACAGGAAUCAUUUCCCUGUACGACUGUGUUUUUCACAAGAGCCCAGGCUACAAUCAGAAAUUGCACCGAGAUGAUAGAGAACAUGCAAAAAGCCUGGGACUUCACGUGAAUGAGGAGGUAAUGUGAAGACAGGCUGUUGACAAAGUGUGAACACAUGAGCUGUGUGCGUGGCUCCGACUCCCGCGGGUGGCCCUCCUCUCCUGCGCUGCCUCUGGGGCUGAGACUCAGCCGCUACCAGCUCCCUCUCUCCUGUCCUGUUCUGUGGAUUUGUUUGUAUGACUCUGUUGGUUAGUUUAGUUAACAACUUAAUGAAGGCAAAACUAAGAAGUUCUUUUCAACAGAUAAAGGUUUUUGCUUAGCUUCGGAGUCCUGGCUGUCACGGUUCUCCCACGGACCCCAGCAGCAGCGGUAGGACCACACCUGCAAGAAUAACGUCUCUAGCUUAGGUUCCAGCCUCAAAUCUGCGCGUACAGGGCAGCUCCUCCCCUAGGUCUGCACGAUUUUUCAGAAGGGAGAGCUCUGCCUGAGAUUGGCUGCACAGCGGUGUGAGCAGAGGGAGCACAGCUCCCAGUCCCCAGGGAGAGGAGGUCGGCGUCCCAGCAGGUGUCGCGUGCGAGGAGGCUGUGUGUCUCCUUAGCAGGGAGACCCUCCUGAUGCCUUUCCACACUCGGGACACUGCACGGAGUCUGGUCUGAGGACAGUAUGUUUGUUAAGAGGCAGGUGCUGAGUAAAUAUAAUCUUUUCUACAAUGCACAGAGGUCGGAACGUAAGAGCCUCUGCUGAGAUAACUUUCUCGGUCAGCGGAUUUGUCCCCCGUGGCUGCUAUUGUUAAGAAUGCCGCCAUGUCACUUCCAGGGAAACUUUAUUUCGAUGGGACAUUAAGUGGUGAACUAUGAGGUAUUACUACUUAAGUCACAGACAUUAGGUGUUCUCCUAUUGUUUGUUUAUGUGAAUUCAUUCCAAGUUGGCAGUGACUUGGCUAGUGCUAUCCUGUCAUAAGAACACGCCUGCACACCUGUAUCCAGCCCCAGAUUCUGAGUGCCUCCCAUGUGCACUGAGCAGAGAAGGGGUGAGAAAGAAGUCCCUGUCCUCUUAGAGCUGACAUUCCUACGAGGAACUAGAAAACUAAACGUCCUAGAUAUAGGGAGCUGAAUUCCAGGUAGUGGUAAGUGGUACACAGAGAAAUAAAGCUUUUUAAGAGGACGGGGAAAG